AUGUCGAUAAGAAUUGAGCUGACGGGUUUUCGAAGUCUGUCGAAUAUGUGGCGGGUGGUUUUGAGUGCAAGUCAAACUGGUGACCAGCGAGGUGCUCUUCAUACUGAUGACCAGAUAGCUGUUUCAUAUACAAAUCAAACUGAUGACCAGAUAAUUAGUUCUCUUCCAAAUCAGACUGAUGACCAGCUAAUUUCUUUACGUGCAAAUCAAACUGAUGACCAGAAAACUAUGACGCAUGCAAAUCCAACUGAUGACCAGAAACAACGGGUAAUGAUCGUCAAGCGGUUACAUUUAAAGGGCAAAAUGUUUAGACAAGCCAAAUGCAACAGUAACGAGUGCAAAUAA